AUGUCCCGAAAGCGAAAUUCGUCAACCUCCGUCACCGACUUCGAUAUAGCCAAUCCAGCUACCCACUGGCGAAGGCCUGUUGCCGGUAUCGACCCUUUGGAAAAUGCUACCGACCCAGUAUUUGGGGAGAACAAACGUGCUCUGGAGAAGACUGACGGCAAGUCUAUGGCUACAGCCAGAUGUGCCGUGGUCGGUGUCGCCCCAGUUCGGAGCGGUGGGACAGACAUGUCCUCUUAG